AUGUCUUCGUCGGUCGCUGUAGUACCUAAUAUUGCUGAAGCAAGUCUUCGAAAUAUAGUUGAACAAACAAGUCUUAAAUGGAUAUUUGUUAGAGGAAAAGAUGAAGUUGGAAAAACAACAUGCAGUUGUAGUUUAGCUUUACUUUUAGCGAAGGUUCGAGAAACAAUUGUAAUUUUAAGUACUGAUCCAGCUCAUAAUAUAUCCGAUGCAUUUAAUCAAAAAUUUACUAAAAAACCAACAAAAGUUAAUGGAUAUGAAAAUUGA